GCCCGCCGAACUACAACUCCCGGCGUGCCCCGCGGCCGGCGCGCGCGCCGUGACGUCACCGCCCCGCGCCCGUUAUCUCCAUGGCGACACUGGCGCAUCCCGGCGUCGCUCCCAUGGGAACGGCCCGCGUGGCGUCCCGGGAACCGCGGGAACCGGGGGAGAGGGACCUGGCGCUGCCCCCGGCUCCGCUGUCCCGGAUCCCUCCCUGUGAGGGAAUGAAUGCCGGCUCUGCAGAGCCGGGAACAGCCCGUGGCGAUCCCCCGGGAAAGGCAAUCCCGGCUCCGGUGUGCCAGGAAUUCCAGGCAGGACAACAUGGAGCGUUUUUCUCUCUCUGAGCUUGGGCUCCCAACAGAAAACAAAGCUAUCCAGAGAAUUCUCUGUCCCAUGGCGGUGGAGCUCUGCCACCUCCUCCUCGCCCUGGAAAGGGAAGAUGGGAUUUGUCCAGCCUUCCCCAAUUUGGGGGAAAAGGCGAGAGAAUUGGCCAAAGCUAUGGAAGAACUCGCUGCUGUGGCGAGGAGGAUCUCCGAGGAUUGUGGCGUGGGAGGGAGCGAGGAGCUGUGUCCCGUGGGUGAAUCCCUGCUCCGGGCCGGGAGGGACGUGGCACUGGCAGCAUUCCAGCUGCAGGAGCAUCCUCACAGCCCUGGGCACCGCCAGCAGCUGGCAGCGGCCGCCAAGAGGAGCCUGAUGGAGACAGCAAAGAUCCUUCAGCUGGAAGAGGCUGCGGGGCUGAGGAGGAUCGCUGGCGCUGCCAGCUGGCUCCUGGAAAGCCUGAGCGAGCUGCAGGAUGCCCGGGACGCUCCGGGGAUGCUGGAUGCGUUCCAGGCCUUCUCCCAGGCCCUGCUCCGGCUGAGCCGCCUCACGGCCGAGCGCCUCCAGCACCUCGGAGACUGUCCCGGAGGGAAGAGCUUGGCCCAGAGCCUGCAGCUGCUCCACCAGUGUGUCCCGCUCAUCCACACAGCCCUGCCACGCUCCAGGGAUCGCCAAGCUGACCUCUCCCAGGAUCCUGUCUUCCAGCUGACCGAGAGCACCGUCAAGGGGCUCCUCUCGCAGCUCACCGAGCCCCAGGACAGGAGUGGCAUCUUCUCCCAGCAGGUGAGCAGGCUCCAGGCUCUCCUCUCCCAGCCCGACACCCUGCGCCUCUCCGAGGGCGGGUUCAGCUCCCUCUUGGAAGCAGUCAUUCUCCAUGGAAUGCUGCUGGCAGAGUCAUCCCGGCUGGAUCUGCGGCUGGAGCUGCUGGAACAUUGCUGGGUGCUGCUGCAGCUGAGGAGGAGCAUCCUCAGCCACACAAGCCAGAGGCAUGGGGAACAGGGACUGCAGCGGGAAUGUCACAGCCUGAGGGAGCAGCUGGAAAACCUGGAGCGGGCAGUGCUCAGAGCCACGCUGUGCCAAAUCCUGGAUGGAUUCUUCGAGGAGAAGGAGCCCCUGAGGCAGCUGCUGGAAGGUGUCCUUAGCCUUGCCCGUUCAGGACGUUUUCCUGCAGAACCAGGAGGAAUUUUAAGGAAGCUCCAGCCCCUCACUGCCGCCUUCUUCGCCCAGGCCCAGCGGAUGCUCCGAGCGGCCGAUCUGGUCCUGGCCGGGUGUGCCGAGGCCCAAACCGCCAGGGAAAUCCGGGAGGGCGCGGAGCAGCUGCGGAGCCUCCUGGGCAGCCUCCCUUCCCUGCUCACGGAAACCAGCGGGAACAUCAUGGAGCGGCUCCAGGCCCUGGGCCGUGCCUGGGCCAGAGCCACCGACGGCCUCCUGCACUGCUUCGAGGAGACCAUCGGCGUGAGGGAACUCCUGGAGUUAUCCAUCCUGGAGCUGGCCGAGCACAAGGAAGGGUGUGAAGUGGCGCUGGAACACCGCGAUCCCGAGGGAUUCUCCCAGCACACCGCUCGCCUCACGGGCUGGGCGCGCUGGGUGGUCGGAGCUGCCUCCCGGCACGUGGACAACGCCACGGAUCCCAUCUUCAGGAACGGCUUGUUGGUGUGGGUGGAGCAAUUGGCCAAAUCCAUCGUGGAGCUGCAAGCAGUCACGGCCCUCGUGCCGGGAAGGUUUUCCUGCCUCCAAAGCCGGGAUGCCUUUUCCCAGGCAGCGAGCUCCCUGAUGGACUCUGCUCUCCGUGUCCAAGCCGGGCUGGAUGGCUCCAACCACCCGGAGAUCCUCAGCCCGCUCCGGGAGCGAGUGCGGAGCACCGAGGUGGAAGAGGGGCUGGAGCUCCGGUCCCACACUGGGAUACCAACCAGGACGGCUGAGGCAGCGUUCCAAGGAGAUCUCCAAAGUCCUCCAUCUUCACCACCAGCUAACUUCUGCCUGGAUCCAUGGGAAGGGGAAACACACCCUGUCAUCGCAGCUCUCCUGGCAGCAUCCCGAGCCGGUGCCAGGGACGCCGUCCGUGCUGCUUGCUGCGUCCUGCUGGAGCUCUCCGAUGGCUGGGUGGAAGCAGCACGGGAAGCGCUGCCCGUGGCCAAGCCCCCGCAGCUCCAGGUGCUGCAGCAGCACCGGGAUAUCGCGGCACUGACCCCACGGAUCAUCAGCCUGGCCACGGGAACAGCCCCCGGGCAGCUCCCUGCUCCAGGCAGGCUUCUCCAAAUGGCACUCGGGCUCUCGGGAAGGAUCCGGGAGACUCGGGAGUGCCUGGCGGCUGUGGCAGGCCCUUGGAAUGCUCUGGCCCAGCAAGUGCUUGGAUUUAUCCUGUUGGGUGAUUUUCCAAGAGGGAAGCAGGCUCUGGAUGAGACGCUGCUGGGUUUAGCGGGAGCAGUGCAGGUGGCGGGAGCCAUGGCAAGCACAGCCUGCAGUCAGGAAAAUCCCAAUCCCUCCCGUGGCCAGCAGAGCUUCCUGCAGCUCCAAGCCAAGUUUUCCCGUGCUCAGCUGAACACCAAAGCGUUCCUGGAGAAGGCAGCAUCCUUCAGGGAAUCCUGUGGGAUGGAAAAGGCCGUCCUGGAGCUGCGCGGUGUCCGGUGGGCCGUUGGCAUGCGUGUCCUGCUGGAUGCCAUGGAUGGGUUCGUGGGCAGGGAUGUCCUGUUCCUGGCGGAGCUGAGCAGAGCUGUGAGGAACAAGGCUGCCCCACGGAGCCUCCUGCCUGCUGUGGCUGAGAAUUCCCUCAGGUUGCAGGAGGCUGCCCGCCUUUCCUACUUAUCCUGCCCUGGAGACCACGGUGCCAGAGAAAUCCUGGUGCUCCGGGAGGAGAUCCAGGUGCUCAUGGAAGCGCUGCUGGACGUGUCCAACACCCUCCUGCUCUCCCCACUGCCUACUGCCAGCUUGGCCAUCCGCUUCGAGCUGCUGCGGAGGGACGUGGCCCUCAGGGCCAAGGCGCUGUCGCUCCACAUGGAAAGGGUCAACAUGGAACAGCUGCAGCUCAUCCAGGACGUGGCUGGAGCAGCUCUGUCCAACCUCAGCCAAGAGAGGGAGAGGAGCAAGGAAGGGUUUGAGGAGAAGGCAAAUCGGCUCAUGGCUGAUGUCCAGUGGGUCAGGAACACCCUCCGGGAUGCUCUGGAGGCCGGUGUUCAGCUUGGGUCACAGCCUGACCUGCUGUCCGUGGCUGACCACCUGCUGAUCCUCACGGCUGACUUGGUGGGAAGCAUCCGGCAGCACUUCAGGAGCCAGCAGGACACCAGGGAUCCCUGCCUGGACACUGGGGAUCCCUGCCUGGACACCGGGGAUCCCCGCCUUGACACCAGGGAUCCCCGCCUGGACACCGGGGAUCCCUGCCAGGACACCAGGGAUCCCCGCCAGGACACCGGGGAUCCCCGCCAGGACACUGGGGAUCCCCUCCUGGACACCGGGGAUCCCCUCCUGGACACUGGGGAUCCCCGCCUGGACACCGGGGAUCCCUGCCAGGACACCGGGGAUCCCCACCUGGACAGCGCGGUGUGGUACUGGUCAGCCAAGGCACACUACCUUGUCACACAGCUCCGGGUUAUCCCUGGAAUCGACAGGGAUGUCCUGCAGCGCCUCACGGAAUGCCUGCAGCGGGAACGCUCCCCAGGAUCGCCCGAGGGCACAGCCACACUCUCCCCAGCUCCAGAGCCCACUCCAGAGGCAGCAGGAAUUCAUCCACGCGGGAGCAGAGGAGCGAGUGGAGCCGGGCGGGAAGGGGGUGAGCUGCACCGAGAUGGCCCUUCCAGCAUCCCCCCUGCAAAGCAGGAGACAGGAAACCGCGGCAAGUGGCAGGGUGGCCCCAGCCAGGUGUCCCAGGUGACCCAGGACAUGGCCACCAGGAUGCUCCACAUGGCUCAGUUCCUGCGCAGGAAGGGCCCCAUUGCGAGCAAGGAGCAGUUUGUUGCCUGUGCCAGGCAGAUGGUUUCCGACGGGCAGGUGGUUGUUAGGUUUGGGAACAUCCUCGCCAAGCACUGCCUGGACCAGAGGUGCUCCGCGGAGCUGCUCCGCGCUGCCGAGCACACCCAAUCCAUCGGCAGCCAGCUCGCCAUCGUGGCCAGGGUGAAGGCAGUGACUGGGGAGAGCAGGGCCUCCUCUGAGCUGCUGCUGAGCAACGUGCAGAACCUCAUCCAAGCAGUCCAGCAUGUCCUGAGGGCGGCCGAGGCGGCGUGUGUCAAAGGUUUGGGACAGCCCUCAGCAGACCCCGAGGAAGAAGAAGUUGCUGCCUUCUGUCAGCAGUGGAGGAAAAACCUGACACAGCACAGAGCCAAGGAGGCUUUAAAUUCCGACCGGGAUGAAUUAGGGCUCCGGAAAACUCGAGGGGCAAAGACUGAGCCCACCCUGAUGUCUCUGGUGCAAGAGCAACCCCCCUGGAGCAGGAAUGUCCCAAAGCACCCCAGUCCUAGGAAAGGACACACAGUUAUGGACAGACACCUGUAGCCCAGAGAGGGGCUCCAUGGCGCUGGAAGCAGAGCAGGAAUACUUUGCAGGGUGAAGGAUUCAUGCUGGAGUUUUCCACCGAGGCAGGAAAACCUCGGAACAGGCUCCGUGGGGAGGCCAGGAAUCUUCUGGUGAGUGUUUUACCCCCCGCUGGUGAGAUGGGGUGGACGGGGCUUUGGAGAAUCCUCAUCCAGUGGGAGGUGUCGGAGGUGUCCCUGCCCGUGGCAGGGGGUGGAAUGGGAUGAGUUUAAGGUCCCUUCCCAUCCAAACUAUUCCAGGAUUCUGUGAUCCAGAGAUGCUCAGGCUUUCUGCCAUCUCUCCACCUUUCCUGCUUCACCCAGCCAUGGAUGCAGCAGUGGGGAGCGUUCUGUCUCACCUGCUGGCCCUGAGCCUGCAGAUUGCCUCCCAAAAUCCCCCUGGGCCCCAGGACUCUCUCCCAUCCAGAGUAAACAUUGAGUCCCCGAGAUCGCCUACCUCACAGCUCCCAGAGUAUCCCAGACUGCUGCUCCUCUGUCCUGGCUCUCCACAUCCAUCCUUCCCAGCCUCGGGAUCACAAGCUGUCCGAUGGCAGCGCUGCUCCGUGCUGGAAUUCUGCAGGAGAGGUGGAAAGGAGCCACCAUGGAAUUCCCUGUGGAAUACACGACCGGCACAGCAGAUCACAACUGGCUCCAUGGUGGCUGCAGCCCAUUCCAGCCCCCCUUGGUGUCCCACCUGCAUCCCAAACACCUUCCCCCAACCAGGAAUUCCACUACUUGCGUGGCUGCAAGGAAUCUCCUCUGCAUUCCCAGGAAAAGCAGCAGCAGGCACACCGGAGACUCCGGGAAGAUAACUGCAAUGAAUAAAGCAGGAGGGGAGGGAAGGGAGGGAAGGAAAGGAAGGAAUUACACAUGGAGACAACAGGCUGUGAGGACUCACAGGCCUCUGUAUCCAUGCCAUUUCCACACUGUUUUUCCCUGCUGGCUCGGUUUUUUGAGGAAAACCUCGAGCAGCCCCUCCAGGGAGUGGAUGAAGAAAUAACAAACUACUAACAAAGGACUAAUGGAUUACUCCAAGACAGCCACCCAGUUCCACGUCCAUUCUCUACUUCUCCUACCCAAAGGAAAUAAUGAAAUUAACAAAAUUCACGCUCUGGGAAGUCAGGGAGGCAAAGUGAAGCCAGGAUUGCCUUCGGAGAUGGCUCCUCUGCCAUGCAGGAAUCGCCAGCUUCCCUCGGCUCAUCCAAAACCUCAGAACUUGGGAUAAAGACUCUGCAGGCAGCACGUUUUUACUGGAAAGGCAGCUGGCUAGGAACAACUGCACUUCUUCCUCUGGAGAAAAAGCAGCCCCAAAGGCAGGACAAGAGCUCUGCCAUGCAAAACCUGGGCAAUCUGAGACACACAGGACGCUCCGAGACGGAACACGGCAGCUCCCUCCGUGAGACCUCGGGAUCAGGUACAAGGUUACGUUAAAACCCCACAAACCAUCCCAAAAAGCCCGGCUCUAGUCCCCCACCGGCACGCACACGGAGUCGUCACCAGGAAUUAACUGUACCCUUUUUAAUUGUUUUGUUAAAAAUGUCGUCGAGACACCAUGAAUACAAGUACUGCAGUUACAGCCAUACAAAAAAAGCAAUACAAAUUAAGCAGCUGAAUACAAAAAUACGUUGAAAUACAUGAACACCACAAUGGAACUCGGAGCACUAAAUCCCAAUCGUGUAGGCGUGGAAAAAAAUUAAAUAAAAACAUUUUUUUUGUUGUUUUUUUGUUUUUCCUUUUCGUAUUAGACAAUGUAGUUUUCUCCACUUUGAACAGUUACUUUUGCUAGUUAUGUACUUCACAAUUUCUUCUAUGUACAGCAUAGAAUAAAAUACUUUCAAAAGAUA